CCUCAAUUGCUUCCAAGAGAAAGAGGAUUUCUUUUAUUCACUCUGACUCUCAGAGAAGAAACUCCGAUUCCUUACCCUCUCUCGCUCUCUCUCGUUUAUCUUUGCAACAUACAAAACAUCUUUAUGGAGAAGAAGAUUUGUAUGAGGAGAAUCCGUUCAUCAUCAUCACCAUCAACGUUGAGGUCGUCGUCGGAAUCUGUUUUCGGAGUGAAAGCUCGGGUACAACUACAGCCGUACAAUCUUUUGGUUUCUUUGGUAUCUCAGCCCUCUGAUCGAUUGACACCUUGGUUCCAUCUUCCGAAAUAGCACCCAAUCUAUUUCUCGUUCGUCGUCUCCAUUAUUGACCCGAGAAUACAACAAUUAAUCAAGAAGCUUAAAGUGGUUUAUCAACCUGUGAUGCUUACCGAAUGAAUGCUUCUGCAAGCUCAUCCAAUAUGAAGACGUCGCAGACACGGACUAAAUCAUCUGGCUGGGCUGCCUUUAACAUCAAGCAGCGAGAGAAGCAAACCCUCCCACCAAAAGUCAAUAAAGAUCCUUUCCCACCUAUCCCGGGCACUUCAUCCACUCUGGAUCCCUCAAGAAACUUAGCCAAAGUUAAUCAUCUUUCAAUAAAGUCCUUUUCAUCUGUGCUUGCACCUUCUGUGGAGUUUCCACCCUUGGCAAAGAAUAAUGAUCGGAAAAACCAAGUUCAUGAGAGUGGUUAUGUUAGUCACCAUAAUGAUAAGGUUCUUGAGGAAGAAACUCGUGAUUUGGCUUUUAAAAUGCUCAAAGAGAUGCACUGUUGGGCAGAUGAUCGCUUGAUUGAGGAUGUAUAUGUUGCUACAAAUAACAAUUUCGAGAAGGCAUUAGCUUUGCUGGAAGGAAUGGUUUCCUCCAGUAGCUCUGAGGAGAAAGAGGAAACAAGAACUUCAGAAAGGAGUUCAAUGAUUAACGAGUUCCAAUACAACAGAGAAGGAGACAGAAGUUCUUUACCAGGGAAGACGACUAAGCUUACUGAUAUAAGCUCGACAAUUUCAGAUGGUCUCAAAGGCACUGAUAAAGAUCUGUCAGAUGGACAUGCUUCGGACUUUGAACUGAUCAUGGAGUGCUUAAAGUCUAUGCCUAUUGAGCCUGACUGGGAAGAGGAUGAUAUUUACUUAAGCCAUCGGAAAGAGGGGCUCAGAAUGAUGAGGUCAGCAUCACAGCAUUCGAGGACAGCCAGUAAUGCCUUUUUGAGAGGCGAUCAUUAUGCAGCUCAGCAGUACUCACUAAGGGCUCAGGAAGAAUGGUUAGCUGCUGAGAGGCUUAAUGACAAGGCAGCUAAAGAGAUUCUAAGCAUCAGAAAUAGCAGAAACAACAUCUGGAAAUUGGAUUUACAUGGUCUUCAUGCAGCAGAAGCUGUUCGAGCCGUGCAGGAGCAUUUGCAAAAGAUUGAGACCCUGGUAACAUUCAGUCAUUCAGUAUCCCCAACUAGAGUCCAGGAAAAGAAUGGGAUCACACGCAGUCCAUCAUUUGAGUCUUUUGAUAGUAUGAAAGUGGAGAACUCACAUAAGAUUCGGGCACCAUUUAAGCAGAGACAAACAACAUUAGAAGUUAUAACAGGCAUAGGUAAUCAUAGCCGAGGACAAGCUGCACUUCCUACGGCAGUGAAGAAUUUUCUUAAUGAAAACAGAUACCGAUUUGAUGAGGCAAGACCUGGAGUAAUCUCAGUUCGGCUAAAAUUUCGUCACAGGUGAAUCAGAGAUUGAGUUUGAUUCCUGCAGCCAACUGACUCAAGGCAGGAUUUUUUCCUAAACCUCCAAGAAUGGAAACCAAGUCUUGAUGAUUCAGACUAGAGCCAUGUAUAUUACUUCGGUAAAUUACAUUAGAGGGAUUUAUUUCCCUGCUUAGAUUUUAUUGACACUCUUUACAUUUUUAGCUGCAGUAGACAACUAUUUGUAUCAUAGCAUGGUAUUAUGGACCAAUUCUACCAUUAUUAUUGUUUAUUAUGAGCUUGAGGAACUCUCAUGUGUUUUAGUUUAAUGCACGAA